AUGGAAUUGGAUGGCUUUCAAAUUGUUUCUAAAAGAAAGGGGAAGAAGAAAAUGUGUGCAGUAACUCAACAACACGGAGAUAUAUCCACAAGCUCGGAAAAUAACUAUGACGUAGUUUCUUUAAAGAGAAAGGUGCUUUCAGCAAAGGAAACUCUUUGCUGCAUGGACUUUUAUACCGAUUUGAAAGGGAAGCUUAGGGAGUGCUUAGAAACAGUUUUAUGCAGUCAUUGUGAUGGAAUGCCCUGUAAUUGUUCUGGAAACUCAAAAAAUCCAUCCGAAAUUGUUACCUAUGGAGUUGGAAAUUUUGCUGAGUGUUUGAUUUCCAGAUAUCAGCUGGCACUGCUUCUUGCACUUCGGGAUAAUUUACAGGUUUCCCCAAAUGAUGUCCUAUUGUACGAUCCCAAGUUCUUUGAGGCAGAAAAGGAACUAUUAUCCAGUCUCGGAUUACAAGUCUUGAGUGAAAAUGAGGAAGGAAAACGUCAGUGUGAGAAGACCACACUGUUUUACAUGCCUCACUGUGGCAAGAGCUUGUACAACAACCUGCUGUCCGCCAACUGGACCCCAGACAGACUAUGUCACCUUAUCAUUAUAGGGAACAGCUUUACAAAUAUGGUUCAAAACUUCCCUAGCAGUACUUUGAAAAAGUGUGCUUCUUUCAUUUUGAGGAUCCAACCAUUCACAGAGGAGGUUCCAUUCCCAGGAAACUUUCAGUAUCAGGAUAUGUUCAAUGACACCGCUCUCCACUUGUUUCCCAGACACAAACUGAAUUCAGUGGAAGCGGUAUUCUGGGAGGACUGCCCAGAGCCACUCUAUGAUGAGGAGGAUUUAGAAUUUAUACCCAAAUCUUGAAUACUGUACUAAUUAAAAUGAUCUUAAAUAUCGUGAAAA